CUUGUGACAAGUGGACACAACUCCACACGCCUUUGUUGGAAAAGGGUAAGUUAUUUGUUGGCAUGGAAAACUGGUGUGAAAUGUAACACAACAUGGGACCCGUGAAGAUCCAGGUCGUUCUCAUCAACCAUGGCCUGCACAGACUUCCGGUACACAUGCCCAUUUGCAGCGACGGAUGAUAUGAAACAAGGUUUUGACGAGGCCGGGUUCGUCAUUAUCCGAGGCCUGCUUGACAAGGACGAAGUCGGUAAACUGACAAAGGCAGCGGAGACGAACACAGCCUUCUCGCAGCACGCCUUCAAUUUGGACGACAGCGAGGGGCGGAAGAGCAGGAUGGUGGCCUGGGAUCACCCCGGGGAUGACGUCACUGGUAUACUGUCCAGGAGCGCUAGAAUAGUCAGGACUUGUGAAAAGCUCUUAGGGGACGAAGUGUACCACUACCAUGGGAAACUGAUGAUGAAGAACCCUCAAUCUGGAGGAAAGUUUGUCUGGCACCAGGACUACGGAUACUGGUAUCAGAACGGCAACCUCUUCCCCGACAUGAUGAGUGUCUUCGUUGCCAUUGAUCAGUGUACAAAGGAAAAUGGAUGUCUUCAGGUACUGAAGGGCUCCCAUAAGUGUGGGCGCAUUGACCACUGUGCUGUUGGGGGCCAGACUGGGGCAGAUGGAGAAAGAGUCAGCCAACUGAAGACGGUUUGCCCCCUUGUGUUUGUGGAGCUGGAGCCUGGGGACGCCCUAUUCUUCCACGCCAACCUGCUGCACACGAGCAAUGCCAACACGAGUGACAGAAGACGUUGGGCGUUUAUAAUCGCCAUCAACACAAAACACAAUGACCCCGUCAAGAAGCAUCACCAUCCACAGUAUACUAAACUGAACGUUGUUGACGAUUCUGCCCUGAAGGCUUGCGAAAACUACUACGACAUGGCUGGGAAAGAUUUCAUGAAUGCUGCAACUUCAAAAACGAUCAAAGCCGAACCUUAAGAUCACCAAUACAGGCAACCUCUGUUAUCUGGUAUGUGUUCGGGACAAUCCAAAAGACUUAAAGCUGGAGCAGGGACUUGAUAUCGCUGCUGCCAGUAAUUAAGCUCGAAUUUUGGAAAAGUAGACAGAACUAUUAUUGAUAAUAAUUUGGUUAAACUGUAAUAGCGACGUUUUAGCAGUCAUCCUUGUACCGUGGUCAAGCAAGUCUUGCUUUUCUGACUACUUUGUUAUCAUCCAAUUUGUAAGAAAUGCCUCUCAAACAAUUGAAUUUUGAGAAAUAACAAAUAACAAUGCAUUAUUACUAAUUCAAGGCAUUGUAAUCUCUCUAUAAUUGCACACUGAGAUUAUAAGCGAUUUUAGUCAAAUGGUUAAAAUAAGCAAACCCGAUAUGUUUGUAAGAAUAGUUGUUAUAUUUGAUAGGCAAAUAUAGAUCAUAAAUGUGUUUUCCAUGCUUUUCACUCUUUCCCCAAUAAAGUAGAAUAUUGAGUUGUUUUUAGUGAUUAUUUUAUUGCAUAUAAUAUAAAUAAGCAUCUCCGAUGUCUACCACAUUUGUGAAACCCACAAGCAUAGAUAUGGUGCUGACAAACCUAGAAACAUUAUCAAUCUGGGAUGUUCAUCCACGUUCAUAGGAGUCACCCAUCCUUUGUGAACAACGCCUUAUGUUAUUGUGACAACUUUAUUGUGAAUAUGUAUUAUGAUGAAUGAGAGAGCUGGGUCUGACGCUUCUUGAACCCUACAGCUACCAGUCUUCUACCACAGUGUCUGGAGGACGCAAUCAGUCAUCAACUCAUCAAUACGGAUAUGGUGCAAAGAAAUAAAGGAUCCAAAUAUUGGAUUCGAACCCACUUCAUAGAUAAAAAUUCAUAAUGAAAUGAAACCAGUACCCGCGUGCACGUCACCCACUCUGCCAUGACGACAUUCUUGAAAUAUAAUUCAAUGGUACCGAUUCGCUUGCACGUCAACAACUACAACUAUUACGACUUGACUAUAACUACACACGUACAACAGGCGGAACGACUGUCAAUAAAACAUUUGCAACAUGUGUAUCUUGAAUAAACUCAGAAGUUGGAGCGGAGAUCUGUGCAACAACAA